AGAUUACAGUUAUCGAUCUCGAUGUCAGUUCCUGAUAUCAGUGUAAAUCUAUAUCCAAAGUAAUAUUAUUUCAAUUAUUCAUUAUUAAUCUUUGAUUAUUUAAACUUGAUAUUUUGAAGAUAAAUUUAAAAUUGCGGAUCGUAAUUACAAAAGAGCAAAUACUUACAAAUUUACUAACUAAAAUUUAACAAAUUUCCGAAAAAAAUCUGUUUUACAAACAUGGAUACAGAAGAGAUGCGUGAUAAAAUUAACGAUAAACUUUAUGAUUCGGAGGAAUUAUUCCACAAGAAAUUAGGUACCGAUAUGAAUUAUCGGUUCUCAUACAUUUGGCCAUUUAUCAUAUUUCAUACAUUACUUCAAAUAUCAUGGUUCAUUGGAGCAUACAUGCUUUAUCACGCAAAAUUAGCUACUAUCAUUUGGGCGAUUUCUCUUGGACUUGCGACCCUCGAAGCAAUUUCGUUGGUCGCGCAUCGUUAUUAUUCUCACAAAGCUUUUAAACCUACCAGACUUCUAAAGAUCAUUCUUUUCUUUUUCCAAACCAUGGCAGGCCAGAACAGCAUAUUUACGUGGGCUACAGAUCACAAACUUCACCAUAAAUACAGUGAUACAGACGCGGAUCCUCACAAUAGCAAGAGAGGAUUCUUUUUCUCUCAUAUGGGUUGGCUUAUGGUGAAAAAGCAUCCGCUGUUUAUCCAGAAGAGGAAGCAAAUGGACUUUUCCGAAUUGUUAGCUGACAAAAUGUUAAUGUUCCAAUACAAAUACUUUUUGCCGCUUUACUUCGUUAUAGGGCUUGUGUUACCGAUAGCGGUGCCAAUUUACUUCUGGAAUGAGACAUUAUGGACAUCGUUCUUCGUGGCAUAUUGCUUUCGAUAUGUCACCACCCUCCACAUCACUUGGACUAUAAAUUCAUUCGCUCAUUUAUGGGGCACUAAACCUUACGACAAGAGACUUCAAGCAACAAACUCAAAAAUCUCUUGGUUCUUUACAUUUGCCGAUGGUUGGCAUAAUUUCCAUCACGCCUAUCCUUGGGAUUAUCGAAUGUCCGAGUUCGGAAACUUCACUAGUUCAAGUGGAAUGUUGCUCGAUAUUUUCGCUAAUAUGGGAUUGGCCUACGAUUUAAAGACAGCCUCGCCUAAUAUCAUUCAUGAACGCAUGAAGAAUCAUGGAGAUGAGACAGGACAACAAAUGCUUAAGAACAAAAAUCUUUAAACAUUUAGAAAUAUAUUAGAAGAUUUAUUGACUUAAGGAUUUAUUACGAAAGAUCAAAAUUGCGAAUUGCAGCUGUAAAUUUUGUUACAUUAAUUCGAAGACAUCUUGUAUAACAAAGAUACGGUAGAAAUAAAAAAUGGCAAUUGAUAGAAU